AUGGCUCGACCAAACUCGCCUGGUAUCCCGACCGUCGAAGAGUAUCAAGAAACGCCGUUGCAUCCAUGCGUUGAUAACAAGGAUUGCGAUUCUCGGGCAACGUGUCAAGAUGGAAAAUGCAUUUGUCAAGGAAAGAGAACUGGAAACGGGAAAUACUGCAGAGAUUCGUUACCAUGUAGCAAGGACUGUGGUCCUGGUGGUACAUGUCUCAGGGAACGUUUGAUGUACAAGCAUCCGGCAGAGUGCAGAUGUGACAAGGGGUUUAAAAAAACUAAGGAUGGCGAGUGUGUUGCGCUUGCGCAUCCGUGUAAGAAGAAUGAAGACUGUCACAAAAAAGCUGAAUGUCACCGAGGAAAGUGUCACUGUGUAGGAAGAAACACUGCGGGCAAUGGAAAGUAUUGCAAAGAUUCGCUGCCAUGUCCGAAGGAGUAUGAGGAAAAGUGUAAAGCAGGCGGCAACAAUGUGGUAUCGUGUGUUGUAGAUCCCUUGUUUCCUGACCAACCUGAAUGCAAAUGUCAUUUGGAUUUUAAGACGUCUGAAGCUGGUAUUUGUGUAGAAAUUACAGAAUGUGAGAAGAAUGGUCUUGUGUGCCCCCCUGGAAAGGUUUGUAAAACCGAGAAGGGCAAGUAUCGGUGCGCCUGUAAAGAUGGCUACAAAGAGAUCCUUCAAGGAGCAGGAAACGGCACGUGCCGAGAUGUAGAUGAAUGCAGUCAGGACGCUUGUUCGGGCAUAAAAAAUUCCGUCUGUGCAAACGCCGAGGGAAGCUACGAGUGUGAAUGCAAAAAGGGCUUUCGAAAGAGCGAUGACGAAAGUACCUGUGAAGCUGGUGCAAAUCAAAUUUGCCAAGAAGGAGUAUGUUCAUGUGCCCCCGGAUUUGUCAAAAACAAUGACGAGGAAUGCGAAGAUGUGGACGAGUGUUCUCAUAAUGAAACUCCAUGCGGUGCUAAUGAAGAAUGUUUAAACGAACAAGGGACGUAUUCUUGUGUGUGCCUAUCAGGAUAUAAGAAACAACGCAAAGUUUGCGUGAGGAAAGACAAAUGUAACUGCAAACAGCACGAAGUAUGCCUCCAGGGAAAAUGUAAGUGCAAGGAAGGAUACAAGAAGAGUACAAAAGGAUACUGUGUUCCUCGUCGAAAUAUAGAUGAAUGCAGUCAGGACGCCUGUUCGGGCAUGACCAAUUCCGUCUGUGCAAACGCAGAGGGAAGCUACGAGUGUAAAUGCAAAAAAGGCUUUCGAAAGAGCGAUGACGAAAGUACCUGUGAAGCUGGCGCAAAUCAAAUUUGCCAAGAAGGAGUAUGUUCAUGUUCCCUCGGAUUUGCCAAAAACAAUGACGAGGAAUGCGAAGAUGUGGACGAGUGUUCUCAACAUGAAACUCCAUGCGGUGCUAAUGAAGAAUGUUUAAACGAACAAGGGACGUAUUCUUGUGUGUGCCUAUCAGGAUAUAAGAAACAACACAAAGUUUGCGUGAGGAAAGACAAAUGUAACUGCAAACAGCACGAAGUAUGCCUCCAGGGAAAAUGUAAGUGCAAGGAAGGAUACAAGAAGAGUACAAAAGGAUACUGUGUCCCUCGUCGAAGUGAGAGUUUUAAGGUUUUUGUUGUGAUACCGUUCAGUGGCUCGCUGUUUAGAAGUCUCGAGCUCCUUGCAUACGGCGACUGCGCGCAAGGUCCACCAACGAAAUGUUCCUCCGAUAAGCCGACUUGCAAGGCUAAAGAAGGAAAAUGUUUCGAUGGGGUCUGCCGCUGUGUUGGAAUGUACGCUGGCGACGGACUUAUAUGCAGGAAAGCAUCACGUUGUUCUAAAGACUACAAAUGCGGUGCCGGUAUAUGCAUGAUCGAUCCUUGGUAUCCUAAAAAUCCAUUUUGUGCAUGUUAUCCAGGCAUGAAGAAAACUAAGAAUGGAAGGUGCAAAGCGCAUCCGUGUAAGAAGAAUGAAGACUGUCAUCAAAAAGCUGAAUGUCACCGAGGAAAGUGUCACUGUUUAGGAAAAACUGUAGGCAAUGGAAAGCAUUGCGAAGAUUCGCUGCCAUGUCCGAAGGAGUAUGUGGAAAAGUGUAAAGCAGGCGGCAGCAAUGUGAUAUCGUGUGUUGUAGAUCCUUUGAUUCCUGACCAACCUGAAUGCAAAUGUCAUUUGGAUUUUAAGACGUCUGAAGCUGUCUUUCUUGGAAGUGCAGUGACAAAGACAUUUUAUACUUACGUCCACGUUUACUUUUCCCUUGGCUUCUCAGAAAUUACGGAAUGUGAGAAGAAUGGUCUUGUGUGCCCCCCUGAAAUGGUUUGUAAAACCGAAAAUGGCAAGCAUCGGUGCGCCUGUAAGGAUGGCUAUGAAGAGAUCCUUCUAGGAGCCGGAAACAGCACGUGUCGAGAUAUAGAUGAAUGCAGUCAGGACGCCUGUUCGGGCAUGACCAAUUCCGUCUGUGCAAACGCAGAGGGAAGCUACGAGUGUAAAUGCAAAAAAGGCUUUCGAAAGAGCGAUGACGAAAGUACCUGUGAAGCUGGCGCAAAUCAAAUUUGCCAAGAAGGAGUAUGUUCAUGUUCCCUCGGAUUUGCCAAAAACAAUGACGAGGAAUGCGAAGAUGUGGACGAGUGUUCUCAACAUGAAACUCCAUGCGGUGCUAAUGAAGAAUGUUUAAACGAACAAGGGACGUAUUCUUGUGUGUGCCUAUCAGGAUAUAAGAAACAACACAAAGUUUGCGUGAGGAAAGACAAAUGUAACUGCAAACAGCACGAAGUAUGCCUCCAGGGAAAAUGUAAGUGCAAGGAAGGAUACAAGAAGAGUACAAAAGGAUACUGUGUUCCUCGUCGAAAUAUAGAUGAAUGCAGUCAGGACGCCUGUUCGGGCAUGACCAAUUCCGUCUGUGCAAACGCAGAGGGAAGCUACGAGUGUAAAUGCAAAAAAGGCUUUCGAAAGAGCGAUGACGAAAGUACCUGUGAAGCUGGCGCAAAUCAAAUUUGCCAAGAAGGAGUAUGUUCAUGUUCCCUCGGAUUUGCCAAAAACAAUGACGAGGAAUGCGAAGAUGUGGACGAGUGUUCUCAACAUGAAACUCCAUGCGGUGCUAAUGAAGAAUGUUUAAACGAACAAGGGACGUAUUCUUGUGUGUGCCUAUCAGGAUAUAAGAAACAACACAAAGUUUGCGUGAGGAAAGACAAAUGUAACUGCAAACAGCACGAAGUAUGCCUCCAGGGAAAAUGUAAGUGCAAGGAAGGAUACAAGAAGAGUACAAAAGGAUACUGUGUUCCUCGUCGAAGUGAGAGUUUAAAGUUUAGCUUGGGCCUCUCGUUACACGACAACUGUUUUCCAAGCAUCCUCUUUCUGGGCGUGCUUGGGCGCCUGGCCUUCACAGACUUCUACACCAACAAGCAAUUCAAGGCGUUCAAGGGUCUGGAGGCGUUUAAUCAAAUGGUGUCGGGAUUUGUAACCUCAGUUGUAGGCAAAGUAAUUGCCGGCAAGUAUGUUGUGAGAGCAAGUGUUCGGCAUUCACCGCGUAUGAAUGAUCCUUUAGUGAACAUCGCGAGUGUUUUAUUUUAUUUAGAGGCAACUACACGAAUUCACAGCAAGCUCGCUUGCACACUGAUAAAAUGCUCAUGGAUUUUGCCGACAUAUGUCAAUAACGUGCCGGAUGCGAGGGCUAAGGACAUCGAUUUUUCAUCGACUAACAAGCUCAAAGAAAAGCUCGACCAGAAAAUUGAGGAUCUACAACAACCGCAAGCCUCGAAGCAUGCAGCAGCUUCUAGUUCUGGGACUGCAUCAGCCGGCGCCUCAGCGCAUGCAGCGCGCAUCGACGCCUUCGAAAGAGGAAGUGGAUCAGCUUUUAUGCCAAACUCAACCAGUGCAAAAUUAAAGCAGUAG